CUCACAUCCGAAAAAUCUCUCUCUCUGCUUUCGCUGUGCCGUUCAUGUCCACCUGUGGAUUGCUCCUCGGGGGACACCCUGUACUACCAAGACGACAACAGCGAGUGAGGCAGUAGGAGCAACUACUGGGCAGCCAUGGGUGGCGGCCACCCGUUCGGAGCGCUAGUCACCCUAUUCGUUCUUUGUUACUUUCUGCCAACGCUACUCUCAGCUCCCCUGUCAUCGGAAGUCCGAUCGCCACGAGACAGAGGAUGUUACUUCAUGUUGAAGCACUACCAGAACGGCGAACAAAUCGAGACGAACGAACCGUGCCUGAACUGCACGUGCGUGAGCAGCAUGCUCAUGUGCUACCUGCGCGUCUGUCCGUACGUGAAGACACUGGGCGACGACUGCGUGGUGACGAAGCGUGAAGGAGAAUGCUGUCCGGACAUUUCCUGCCCGGCGGGUACGUCCCCCAGGCCAGACACUUUGGGGGCGUUCGUUCCAGUGCCAACUGCGUUGUAUGAACCUGAGCAGCUCUCUGCGGAUGAAGCAGGUUGCUACGUGGACGGCAAGUACUACUCCGAAGGGGCCCGCAUGGCUGGAGACCCAAGCAAACCUUGUGAGGUGUGCUACUGCAUUCGAAACAGCAGCGCCUGCGUGCUACAGGACUGCGAACUCCACGUGGAAGGGUGCAGCCCGGUCUUCUCGCAACCUAGCUGCUGCCCAGCUAGGUACAACUGCACUCGAGAAGCCGCCACUACGCUACCGCCAGGAAUCACGACUACAGAACAUCCAGAAACUGGCUGCUUCCACGAGGGCCAGUUUUACGACGAUGGUGUUCCUGUGCCAUCUGGCGACGAGCCUUGCCAACACUGCUACUGCAUGCGAAACGAAGUUGUCUGCGCUGUCGAGGAGUGCAAGGCGCCCUCUGACGGCUGCGUCGCGCAGCCACCGUCUCCCGGAAAAUGUUGCCCUGACCAGUACGAGUGCCCACCUGAGGAAGGAGUAACGACAACACCCGAAGGUGUAGAGGCCAGGAAGCCGACUGAACCCCCCAGAGAUGUCAUUCCUUCCACGACGACAACAGUACCUGUCGUAUUCCCAUCUGGAAUUCCCGGAGAAGGCCAAUGCCUAUUCGAAGGCAAGUCCUACACUCCUGGUGACGAAAUCCAGUCGGAGGACCCUUGCCGUGUCAACUGUACCUGUUCCAAUAGUGUCGUCCAGUGCCACGAGAUGCAGUGCCAUGAACCGCAGGAAGAUGUCGCCGCCUGCCAGCAAGUGCACCCAGACGGGCAGUGUUGCCCCGUCUACGACUGCGGAGCGACGACAGUUACUCCGUACAAAGGCGAGUCCACUGAGAUGCCAAGCACCGUGCCUUCCACUCCAGUGUCUUCCGAAGAAACAACUUCAGUGCCAUCAACGCCAAAGCCCACUACCACAUCGAGUGCAGAGCCUUCUACAACAGAGUCUGCUGAAUCACCUACUGUACCGCCGUACACGUCAUCCCCCACUGAACAACCAAGCUCAGUACCCUCAACUGUACAGCCUGAUGCCAUGACAAGGCCACACACAGUAGGACCUAGUGAACCCACAACAGAGCAACCGACAACAGAGCCUUCUGAAGAACCAAGUUCAGUGCCUUCAACUGAAGAACCUCAAAUCACAACAAGCCCUAAGCCACACACAGUAGAACCUAGUGAAUCCACGACAGAGCAACAGACAACAGAACCUUCUGAAGAACCAAGUUCAGUGCCUUCAACUGAAGAACCUCAAAUCACAACAAGCGCUAAACCACACACUAUAGAACCCAGUGAAUCGACGACAGAGGAGAAGACAACAGAACCUUCUGAAGAACCAAGUUCAGUGUCCUCAACUGAAGAGCCUCAUGUCACAACAAGUGCUAAACCAUACACAGCGGAGCCUAGUGAAUCCGCGACAGAGGAACAGACAACAGAACCCUCUGAAGAAACAAGUUCAGUGCCCUCAACUGAAGAGCCUCACGUCACAACAAGCGCUAAACCAUACACAGCGGAGCCUAGUGAAUCCACGACAGAGAAACAGACAACACAACCUUCUGAAGAAACAAGUUCAGUGUCCUCAACUGAAGAGCCUCAUGUCACACCAAGCGCUAAACCAUACACAGCAGAGCCUAGUGUACCGACGACAGAAGAACACACAACAGAGCCUUCUGAAGAACCAAGCUCAGUACCAUCAACACCAGAGACAGAAGAAACGACUGCGAAGUCAUCUACAGAAGCACCUACCGAGAAAUCGACUGUGCCACCUACUUCAACACCCUCCGAAGAGCUGAAUGAAACUAUCCCAGAGGAACCCAGAGCAGACACACCCGCGGUAGAGACCACCGAGGAACCAAGCACUGCGACUCAUGUCCCAUCGUCUUUACCAACCACUGGACCUACAAGCGCUACUGAGGUGUCCUCAGUGUUGCCCUCUUCUGAAGCACCGGAGGAACUAUCGACACUCCCAUCUACAGCAGAGCCUUCCGCAGAAACUAGCACUGGCACCUCUACGCCACAGGCCACUGAGCUACCGACAUCGUCCACAACAUUAUCGUCUGCGGAACCGAGCGUCUCACCAGAGACCACAGAAUCGAGUCCGGCGCCGUCCACUACAGUGUCCUCUGAGGUGUCAGAGACGGUACCGUCUACACCACAACCCAGCAGUACAGUGAGCAGCACGACACUCGUGACAGAACACACAGAAGUGCCAUCUACUACGGUGCCUUCUGAAGGUACCACUGCAGUGCCACACACCGAAGGACCGGCCACAACAGCACACACUACGGAAUCUGCUGAAGUGCCAAGCACAGCGCCAACCACCACAGAAUUCUCAGAAAUGCCAUCUACUGAAGGAAUCACCGAACUGCCGACAUCAUCCACUUCUAUUCCCACAACGUCGGAGGAACCAAGCACCGCUCCCUCAUCACAAGAACCUACAGGAACCGCAAGCGCGCGGCCGUACGCGGAAACGUCAAGUGAAGUGCCAAGCUCAACUUCCGCCUCAACCACGCCAGAAGAGCAGACAACACCUGCUGUCGUUGCAACUAGUACAGCUCUCCCACCGGAGGCGCCAGGGGCUACUACAACCGCGGAAGCAGAAACAGAGGGACCAAGAGAAGACCAGGCAACAACGGGUACAUCCAUAGAAACAGAGAUGGUCACGGAAGGAGAAGUUCUCACAACAACAGCAGUGGCAGAGCCAAAGGAAGCCACGACAACAGCUACAAGACCUGAAGAACACACUACGGUGACCCAUGAAGAAGAGGCGACAUCUCCUAUUACAGAAGAAGCAAGAACAAGAAGUACACUCCCUGCCGCAACUGUUGGCCUUAAGGAGGCUGCUACAACCGAGGAGCCUACCACAAGCAAAACAACGCCUCACGUGACUACAUAUCCUGCAACCCAAGAACCCGAGACAACUGAAGAGACAGUGAAGGUCUCAACCGAAGCACCACUCGCCAGGCCCUCUACACCUGGCUUUGAUGUUGGUGAUCAGAAGAUCUCUACUGAGACAUCUACAAGCACAGAAGCUAGCACGAUGGUCACGGGAGAGGUUGGACGGGAAGAAGGAGAGGCGGCUGAUUGCUUACACAACGGACAAACUUACAAGGAGGGAGACACCAUACAGAUGCCAGACCCAUGUAAGUUCUGCAGGUGCUUCGACGGUGAAGUAAUCUGUGCAGAGAAGAGUUGUAGUCCUCCCGGAGAGAACUGCGUUCCGAAGUACACCCCUCCAGGAGAGUGCUGCGCUGAGACGUAUGACUGCGAUGGGCAAGAAACUCCCGGCACAACUCAAGUGCCAGCAAUCACCCCGACAAGCAAAGCAAGCGAACAACCAGAAACGGAGGCUACGACGCCUUCUGGCUUAGAGACCACACCACCGUUAUCGUCGACGCAACCUGCUGCUGUUUCAACAACUGCUGCAGGAGCAGAGGUUACAUCGGAAGCGACGGACAUGACAACCAGUGUUCCAUCCCUCAUGACCGAAGAGCCAACAUCAGCGGUACCAACAGAGUUGACGACGGGCACCGGAGUGGAAGCAAGGAAGGCCGUAACUACUCCGUCUUCAACGACAUCUGAAGCAGUAACAUCCGAAGUCCCAGAGGAAACUUCAUUGUCUGAGACGACUGAAGCCACCACACAGCCAAUCACGAGUGCGCCACAGACUACAACUGCUAAAGAGUCAACAGAAGCGGUCAGUGUGACUUCAUCAGGAGAAGCCGAGACGCCGAAGCCCACUGAUGCUGGAAUAACAGAGGAGUCUUCACCUGCUUCAUCUACGGAAGCAGAGCCUACAACGCCAAGCCCGCCUGAAGUACGAUCCACGACUACGCAGCCAGAACUAUCCACAGAAGCUGAGGCAAAGUCUCCUCCACCGACAGUUCCAUCCUACCAAGCGUCUGAGGAACCAACUACUACGCAACCUCCUGAGAGUACUACGGCAAGGGGUGAAACGACACCCUCGCCAGGCGAUGUUACGCCAACAGAACAAGAAGCUACAGCAGAAACGACAGAGUCCAUAGAAACAUCAAGUGCGGUUCCAGAAGGUACAGAAACUACCUCUACAGCUGCAGAACUGGCUUCCACCGAAGGCGUCGUAUCAUCUACGACUGAAUCUGUUGGAGUAUCAAGCACUGCGCCACCAACAUCCGAGGAACCGAGUACCAUGCCAUCCACCGCAGUGUCUUCAGAAGAGACAAGCUCCGAACCUUCUACACCGGAACCGAGCGAUACAACAAGUACUGUGCCACCGACAUCAGCGCCCUCCGAAGAGCCAAGCACAGUACCGUCCACUCCUGGCCUUGCUAGCACCACGAAGCCACAUACAGCUGAAACUUCCGAACCAGAAAGCACUGUGCCAUCUACGUCCGUACCUUCUGAGGAACCAACCACAUCAGCGUCUACACAGGAGCCCGCCACCACAGGCAGCGCUGCGCCAUCCACGCCAGGCAGUACCGAAGUACCAACCACGACUCCACCUGCCACAGUGGCUUCCGAAGGAACAAGCACAGCGUCUCCAACAACAGAGCCAAGUCAUGAGCCAAGCACAGUGCCGCCCAGCACAGUGUUUUCAACACAGCCUACAGCGCCCGCUAUUUCAACGGAGGCUAGUACAGUUAAGCAAUAUGCUGCAGAAUCCACAGAGAUACCAACAACAUCGCCGGCCACCGGCACGUCCCAAGAAGCAACUACAGAGCGCACGACACCCGAAUCUACCACCACGGGGACUGGUGUGCCAUCUGAAGAAGUCACCGGAGAGGUUUCCACUACAGAGCCCCCUAUUACAGUGUCGUCCCACCCACCAAGCACAGUUCCAUCUACAUCCGAGGCCGCUGUAGCAUCGACCACGCUACCUUCGAUGGCCCCUGAAGAAAGUACGACUGUUUCGUCUACAUCAGAGCCAACUGAGGUGCCGAGUACAGCAGCAGCAACAUUAAUGCAUACUGAGAUGUCAAGCACAGUCCCAUCAACCUCAGUAUCUUCUGAAGAACCCAGCACAGCGCCGUCUACAGAGGAGGUAACCGAGUCAUCAAGCACAGCACCACACACCGAGAUGCCUUCCGAAACAGAGAGCGCAGAACCAGCUACAGUGGAAUCCACGAAGGUACCAAGCGUUGAGCCUUCUACUGCAGCCACGUCAGAAGUACCUAGCGAAGUGCCUUCCACAACAGAACACGCCGAAGUGUCGAGCACUGCUCUGUCCACUGACUUGUCCUCAGCAGAACCGAGUACAGUGCCACCUACACCAGAGCCGACUGAAGCAUCCACCGCAGCUGCUUCUACCCACUUGCCUUCCGAAGAGCCAUCUACAGUGCAAUCGUCACCGGAAUCGACUGUGCCAUCAAGCACUGCGCCGUCCACUAUGCCUUCUGAAGAAGCAAGUACGGAGCCCACUGCUCCAGAAUAUACAGAAGUACCAAGAACUACGCCAGAAAAAACCGAGCCCACUGAAACAUCGAGCACUGCCACUUCACCUGCUGUGUCGUCCGAAGAACCAAGUACGGAACCUGCAGAAGUAUCAACAACUAAGGCUUCAACGCCUGUGUCGUCGGAAGAGCCAAGCACAGUGCCAUCGUCGUCUGUGCCAACUGGCGAACCAAGCACUGCCACGGUGCCGGAGUCAACUGAGGUAUCGAGCACUGCGGCUUCCACUCCAACGUCGUCAGAAAUGCCUACCUCUGUACCAUCUACGGCGCCGUCAACAGAACCAGCAAGCACUGCUGCUUCAACCCACGCGUCUACUGAAGAACCAAGUACAGUGUUGCCAUCAUCACAACCCACGGAACUACCAAGCACAGCGGCUUCCACUCCACAGCCCUCUGAAGGACCGGCACCAGAGACAACUGAAGUAUCGAGCACUGCAGUCUCCACUCAUUUGCCAUCUGAAUCACCGAGCACAGUUCCAUCGGAGCCAGAAUCAACUGAAAAGUCAAGCACCGUGCCAGCCACUCCUGUGUCAUACACAGGACCAACCACCACCCCAUCAGUUCAAGAGUCAUCGGAAGCAACGACUUCCCAAGUGUCCUCCGAAGAGCCAAGCACAGAGCCAUCUACACCUGAAACCUCGGAAGUACCGGUCACUGUGCCUUCUACACCAGAACCGCUUGAUAAGCUCAGCACAGUAGCAUCUACACCAGAGACAUCUAGUACUCCUAGUGUUGUGCCAACAGCGUCCGAGAUUCCUAGCACGCCGGCCGCUGAGACGACCGCUGCCACGCUCGCAGAGAUAGAAGGAAGAAAGAAGCCGCCGAGUACACCCGCAACCGAAGGUGCCACAGUACCGACUACCACACUUCCCCAAGGUUGCCUCGUGGGAGACGCGUACAUACCCGAUGGCGAGCAUGUACCCGACUCAAAUCCGUGCCUUUUCUGCAACUGCAUUGAGGGAGAAGUCAUUUGUGCAGAACGAGUUUGUCAAGCUCCUGAGCCCAACUGCACGCCUCUACCAAAACCUGCGGAUCAAUGCUGUGGAGAUUACGAUUGUGACGGCGUAACAAUGCCCGCUGUGACGACAGCAGAGCCAGUGGAGGCGGAGGAGGCUCCAACUGCUGCCAGACCCGAGGAACCUGAAGUGACAACGCCUGAAGUAGAGAAGCCUACGGAGGAAACCAGUCAGCCUACUACAGUGGCUGCCAGUACAGAGGCACGUCCUUUGUCUACAUCUGAGCCCAGCACUGUUACGCCACAGGAGACGACAGAGAAGGAGACGACCACUGUAGCGGCGACAAAGGCAGAAACGGAAGUAACGGAGGCCACGAGCGUACCUAGCACAGACGCCGCGCCCACCACCGAAGAGAGGACUACAGUGCCGUCUGACGUCACUCCUGAACUCACAUCCACUGGAGCACCAGAACCGAGUUCGAGCGCGGGAACAGAACCUGUUACUGAUGUAGCUGCCACAGAAAAGGCUCCAUCGUACCAGGCCACAGAAGAACCUACAAGUGCAGUUAGCACAGAAGCAGCAACUACAAAGGAAGCUACUGAAAUGGCUCCAACCAAAGCAGCCACUGCUGUUCCAACUACACUUGGUUCAGAGGGCACUACUUCGUCGACGGUAACCGAUGUGACGAGCGGGGUUAGCGCUCGUGAAGAAACUACACAAGCAGCAACAGAAGCAGUCACAGAAGUGUCUACAACGGAAAAACCAACAACUGGCGCUUCUACUGCUGCUGAAUUCGAAAGUAGUACGCCUGCCAGGACGACAGAUGUUAGCAGCUCUGUCACUACGGAAGAAGCAACUACACAAUUGUCUACAGAAGCGGCGACCGAUGUUCCCACAUCAGUAGCCCCCGAAAGCACUACACCUGCCAAAGAGACCGAGCUUACCAGCACGUACAGCACACUAGAAGAGACUACUCCAGGAGUUACAGGAGCCACAGAGGGUCCACGAACGACAGAAGAAACCGCCAGUGUGUCUACUGUUGCGACUUCCGAAGUCACUACAGCUGCCAAAACGGCCGAGGAUACCACUACAGUUAGCACUCCAUCAAUAACUAGUCAUGGAACUACAGAAGUCACAGAAGUUGCAACAGCGAAGGAGGAAACCACUGGAGUGCCCUCAUUAGCGGCCUCUGACACUACUACUACUGCCACAUCUGAGGGUACAAGUACAUCAAGUACUCCUGAAGUGACUACUGAAGGAGUCACUGUUGGUCCCACAGUGAAGGAGGAAACCACUGGAGUGCCCUCAUUAGCUGCCUCUGACACUACUCCUGCCACAUCUGAGGGUGCAACUGCAUCAAGCACUCCUGAAAUGACUACUGAAGAAGCCACUGCUAGUCCCACAGUGGAGGAGGAAACCACUGGAGUGCCCUCAUUAGCGGCCUCUGACACUACUCCUGCCACAUCUGAGGGUACAAGUACAUCAAGCACUCCUGAAGUGACUACUGAAGGAGUCACUGUUCGCCCCACAGUAGAGGAGGAAACCACAGGAGUUCCCUCAUUAGCGGCCUCUGACACUACUACCCCUACCGCAUCGGAGGGUACAAGUGCAUCAAGCACUCCUGAAGUGACUACUAAAGAAGUCACCGCUAGUCCCACAGUGGAGGAGGAAACCACUGGAGUGCCCUCAUUAGCGGCAUCUGACACUACUACCCCUAUCACAUCGGAGGGUACAAGUGCAUCAAGCAGUCCUGAAGUGACUACUAAAGAAGUCACCGCUACUCCCACAGUGGAGGAGGAAACCACUGGAGUGCCCUCAUUAGCGGCCUCUGACACUACUACUCCUGCCACAUCUGAGGGUACACGUGCAUCAAGCACUCCUGAAGUGACUACUGAAGGAGUCACUGUUGGUCCCACAGUGGAGCGCGAAACCACUGGAGUGCCCUCAUUAGCGCCCUCUGACACUGCCACCCCUACCACAUCCGAGAGUACAAGUGCAUCAAGCACUCCUGAAGUGACUACUGAAGAAGUCACUGUUAGUCCCACAGUGAAGGAGGAAACGACUAGAGUACCGUUAUUAGCGGCUUCUGACACUACUACCCCUGCCUCAUCGGAGGGCACGAGUGCAUCAAGCACUCCUGAAGUAACUACUGAAGAAGUCACUGCUGGUCCCACGACGGCAGGAGCAACCACGGUAGUGUCUUCAACAGCGGCAGCAGAGAGCAGUACUCAUGCCGAAACAACCGAGGCCACCAGUGCAGCUGUCACGCAAGAAGUUACUUCUCAGGCGUCUACAGACGUCACCAAGGCAGCUACAACGGAGGAAGCAACUACUAUCGUGCCCUCCGCUGCGACUCGUGAAAGCACUACUCCCGCUGGAACAACUACGGCUACAAGUGUCCCUGAGGGUGAAACAACACAGGCUGAAAGUACUAGCACCGUCGGGGCUGUCGAAAAGGACACCACCACAGCGCUGCACACCACUGCGACCGGAGAACAAGAAACGACCACACCGCUAGAGGAGGCCACUUCCGAGCCCGCUACACCAUCAGCUACAGAGGAGCCAGAAGGUGUUGAUGCCAGGAAGAAGCCAACUGAACAACCGGAAGUUGCAGCUACUGAAGUGGCAGCCACAGAACCUCAAGGUUGUGACGUACAGGGAACAAGAAUCGAAGAGGGUCAGAUCAUUCAAACAGCCGAUCCAUGCAAAUACUGCAAGUGCACGUUCGGCGAAAUGGUGUGCGCAGAGCGGGUCUGCGAGUUACCUAGGUCGGACUGCAAGCCGCUGGACAGGAAACCUGAACAAUGCUGCCCUGAGAUGUACUCUUGCCAGGAUGAAGAAGGUAGAGAGGAGAUCGUCACAAUGCCACCAGAUGCCUUCAAUGCCACUGUAAUCGUUCCGACUACACCUGCGCUGCUAGAACUCACAACAAAACCGGUCACCGCAACGGAAGGUGCACCCACUUCUGCACCGAGCGUCACGACAGCAACAGAAGUACCGGUGACAGGCGCUCCUUCAACAGAAGAGGCUUCGACAGUGGGAGCCCGAGAGCCGAGCACACCGGCGGUAAACGUCUCAACAGCUGCAACAACGGAAGAACCGUCCCUGCUGUCCACAAUAAUGUCAUUCUUCACUACACCACCUACCCCAGAGGAAACAGAACCAACGGCACCAGUGACAGCAGCACCUGUUACUGCUGCUGAAAAUGUCACAUUGUACAGGGAACAGACCACUGAGGCAACAACAGCUCACAUUCCGCCUGAGACCACACCCCAACCGGGUACUACGGAGCCGCAUGAGGUCCCCACAACGACAGCACCUGUCGCUGAAACCGAGGGUCCGAUCGUCAUAGAAGAAGGAUCUUGCAUAUUUGAUGGCAAAGUAUACCAGUCUGCUGAGCAGAUUCCUCGUCCUGACCCUUGCGACUUCUGCUUCUGCUUCCGGGGCGACAUCAUCUGCCUCCAGCAGACAUGUCCACCGCCUAUACCGCAGUGCUUCGAGACACCCAUAAAGGGUUUCUGCUGCCCGCGAUACGAGUGUCCUGUACACAUGACAAAGAAGAACGUGACAACGACGACCACUACAACGACGACCCCUGCACCAAGGUUGCUAGGACUGGGCUCUCAUAUCGUGGAGACCACAGUGGAAGUCAGAGGAUGUGAAGUGAACGGCACGUUCUACCAGGUCGGACAAGUCGUGAAACCGGCGAGCACCCCGUGCCUUGAAUGUCUGUGCGACGCGAGCGGCAUGAUCAAGUGCAACCCCAAAGAGUGCCAACAGCAAGCCCCGCUUUUACUACGCAUGAACAGAUCCUACUUCCGGACUCGCUGAGCCGCAAGAAUAAGGAGAGAUAGUGACUCUGCUGUUGUGCUCUUGUGUCCGUCCAUUUUUACAGAGUUCCCCGUCGGACACACCCGAAUUGUGCAUUGUUCUUGUCCUGCGAGCGAUCAGUAUUUAUAUUUUUCUACCACUGCGGUUUACACCACCUUCCUAAGCAUUCCAUUUUUUUUUUUUUGAGUCGGCUGUGAAACGGCCCUGAGCAACAUGUCUUGGUCUACGGGUGCCUGUUCACAAUGUCCGUGUCCGAGACGCACGUCAGACGUGACAUGGGAGGAGGGACAGUCCCAUGGGACACUGACGAAAAAAGGGUGCAUGCUUUCCAAUGCCACUUUAUAGAUCCUCUUAUCGUUCCUAUGGGCAUGUUGCCUUCCUUAGGUGUUGUUCCAAGUACGUGAGUGGUGUUCUUAAGUGCCGUGUCCACCAGAAGCAUGCCGGUGCUGAGCGUUCAGCAAGAAAAGGGAACUAAUUUGAAGUACUGGCAAGUGGCACUUCACUUGAGUGCUUGGAACAACUCAAAAGCCGAAUCAAUGCUUCCCUUUGACUCGCAGCACGCUAAGGUGCAUGUAAGACCAGAUGCGGGUGAGUACAAAAAGAAAGGGCGUAAGGUAUUGAACACGAAGGGCACAACUGUUUCUUGCGUUGAGGUUGUGUACAUUGCUUCAAGUCGGUGCUGGCAUUCGAAGUGGAAGCGGUGCGCUCCAAACCGUGCCUCUGAGGCAGCGCUAUCUUUGAUACCUGCAUGAAACGAAGUUCUUUUUUGUGGGGGGUCAGUCGAUGUUGUUCAAAGGAGGCAUAGUGGACAGGCCUCGUACUCUGGGCGCUGCUGGCCGUGCAGUUCACGUGUUCAGGGAGCUCCUUGCAGAGGUGCCAAACGAAUGUUCCACUUGUUCCCUUCCUCCUCUCAGGUGACGUGUGUGUGUGUGCGUGUGGUGCUGGCGGGACGACGCAGGGUUUCCUCAUUUUGUGGCCUCGUGUUUCGGUAUACCUUAAGCGGCACUGCUUCUGCACGUCCAUGAACCAUAGCAUCAAGUGCAUGGGUCACUGGGUGCUGGACUCUUAGGCAGGAGUUCAGGCUGCUGAAGGUAUGCAUUGUUUAGGCCACGCAGUGUAUAGUUUGUUUAAUUUUGUAUUAAAAAUUUUUUUCAAGAAGAA